AAUGGCGGAAGAAGAAGCCGGGCAGACUAAUGAAACGGCCAGUAAAUGGAUCUUCUACGAUCCAUCAGGUUGGGAAAGUUUUGAAGCUUUUUUAAAAACCUACCCUCCUAAUCAAACUGGUUCGUCGGAAAAGCCAGGAAACCCCGAUGAAAGAAUAGACGAAAGAACAGAACCCGUUUGGAUUUAUGUUGGAAACCCGCGUUCGACCAUAGAGGAAGGUGAUGUGGAAAUGGCGAAAGCUUUAUGGACCGAUAAAAUGAACGAUCCAAAAUUCAAUCCAUCAUAUGAGUUUAUAAAAGGCAUUGCGGAGAAAACUGGUGUUAAAAUGGGUAAGUGGAACAUGGAAAAGAUUAGGUUCGAUAAAGUUAACCAUUAUUGGAAUUUGAUUGCCACGGCAACGAGAGAUGGCAAAUUAGGAGUUGCGGCAAAAGUCACCACAAGAUUUGCUGCUGCCAGUAAAGGCUAUAGCAUUCAUAUUUUCACUAAGAACUUUAUGGACGAAAAGGAUUGGAUGAGAGUUGAAUAUCAGUUAAGAUCUAUGUCAAUUGUUGAAAAGCUCAAGUAUCGACCAGAACUGUACACUCAUCUCGGCAUUUAUAAUGAUUGUAUACAUCUCGGUAUCAAGAGUUUCCUCAAACAAACCGGAAUCCGUAAAGAAGAAGAGGAAGAUGUCCUUGGCAAACUACCAUCGGAAGAUAGACGGGAAAAUAGUCGAAAUGUACUCGCGGCUAAGCAAGUUCGAAUUUCCCACACAUAUGGAACACCCUUGGAUCCGAUGUUUCGCUCUCACAUGCAAUUUGGCGUGGACGGUUACCCAAUAGCUUCAACUUCAAGAGGUGAAAAACCGAAAUCAGCUCUAGCUAAGGAUAGGAAACCUCCAUCAACUUCGACUAAUCAAACAAAGGAUAAGAAGGGCUAA